GAAACGGCUUUACAUUUUGCAGCGGUAAUAGCACCGCCCCCCGCUGUCCCGCUAUCCCGGGCCAAAGUUCACCGUCCCCUUCGCACCUGGCAACCGACAACAAAAGCACCUAGCUGUAGUUCCCGUAGCAAACACUCCCACUUGGCUGCCCACAAGAGCACGGCUACCCAACAUCAAGUGGAAUAAGGGUCCGGAGAAGCCCUUUAGACUCUGAAGAAGCACAGAGAAAAAGCCACAACGGAGUCGCCAUGAGUACGUCACUGUCACCGCGGUACCAGGAGAAGGUGGGUCCGCAGCCCAGCGACAUGUUUGCUUCCUACAUGAACCGUCAUCGUUUCACCACUGAACAGAAUGACACAGCCAGCAUCUUGGCACAGACCAAGAUCUUUGAGGAGGAGAUGGUGACGUUGCGGAACCUGUACGAACACGAGGUGGAGGACCUGCGGGGAAAGCUACAGGAGGUCAGCCUGGACAGGUCACGACUGGAGAUCGAGAACAGCAAGAACUCACGACUCGCCAAUGACCUUCAGGACAGGGUGAACAUCAGUAACCAGCAGAUCUCCCGCCAACAGCAGGAGCUAAAUGACUGUGGACGUCUGCUGGCACAGAAGGAUACAGAGAUACAGAGUGCUCGGACUGCUGCCAUGCAGCCGGCCAUCGCCCUGGAGUCACAACAGAGGGAGUUAGACCACGUCCGCAGGAGCUACGAAGAAAUCAACAGGAAAUUGGAGGCAGAGCAACUACGCAGGAUGGAAGCCCAGGAGGAAAUCAACAGGAUGCAGCAGCAGCUGUCCUUCAGAGACCAGAUCCAUGGAGCAGACACCCAUGAUCUGAAGGCCCGUCUGGAGGGGUCGGAGGCCAUGGUUCUGGCGCUGGAGUCUAAAGUACGUGAGAUGAGUGGAGGAGACAGGAACGCUGCAGAGAUCAUCCAGAAGGUGAAGGAUGCUUGUGACGCAGACAUCAGGAAGUACCAGGACGAGGUGGAGUCCAAGUAUAAUGCAGGAUUCCGUGAGUUCCAUCAGCAGCUGGAAGUGUCCAACAGCACCAUCACCUCGCUGACCAAUGAGAACCAAGAACUGCUCAUCACAGUCAAUGAUCUCAGGUCCCAGAUCAGGAGCCUAGAGGUCAAGCUGUCCCAUGCCGAGGAGCUGAGCAGGUCCCUGCAGGAGUCGCUGGACCAGGAGCGUUUCCGUUCACGGUCCCACCUGAGGAACAUGGAGGACAAACUGCGCCAGAUGCAGGACCUUCUCAUCGCCAAGGUCAGGGAGGUCGACCCCGUCUCCGCACAGGGAACACCCAUGAGGACGGAGAUGGAGGCUCUGAGAGGCAUGCUGCAAGACGAGGAUAAAAGGAUCGAGGUUGCCCAGAGAAGCCAGCCUGAAAUAUCAGUCACCUCCAUCCCACCAAUCAGCUCUGCCUCUCCGUUAGCGCCGAUCGUCAGAUCUCCCGCCCACCCCAGCGAGCUGCCGGCGGGCUUUGGACAGCUGGCGUCACCACACAUGGGCAGUAAGCCUGUCGGACCAAUCACAGCAUCACCCAGGGGGUUUGACGACAGUGACAUCAACCAUGGCAGGAGUCCGGACAUCUCCAAACUCCCUCCACGACCUCACUCGACCCCUGUGGCACCUCUGGGACAGGGUCGGGACUAUUUUGACUCCAUGUUUAACGACCUGAAGAAGGACACAGUUUUCACCAAGGUCCACCCCAAGUCCAGCCCCCCUGGCGGCCGACCACAGUGGUCAUCCACUUCUCAUGACUAUCACAUCGCAACAACUAGUGCAACUGGGAACCUGAAGAUCUUGGAAGUGAACCAAGACGGCCAUUUUGUGAGGAUCUUUAACCAAGCCACAAACAUUGAUGAGGAGAUUGGCGGGUACAUGAUCCAACAGAACGUUGGUGGACAUCCUGUCGCAGUGUACCGCUUCCCGCCACGUACACGGCUGAAGGCAGCACAGACUGCUACGGUCUGGGCAGCAGUUGCUGCGAGCACAGCACGACACAACCCGCCGACAGACUUCCUGUGGAAGGAGCAGCACAAGUGGGGAACAGGGCCGGAGUGCACCACUAUUCUGUGUAAAGCCAACGGACAGGCCAUUGCAUGGACAACAGCUGCUCACAGAUUUGCCAAGAGCGUGCCAAGUUACGACAGCUCAGACGAUGAGGGGGAACAAAACAGCACAGACCAGGAGAAGGAAACUCAGAGGUUCAGCAGUCCCUUUGGUGACAACACAGACCGACAGAAUUCCCGCGGUCACAGCGGAGUAACAUCACGAGAGCAGCCACAGGUCCCAUUCCUCAGAAGAGAGAAGGAGAGUCCUCCCAGUCUGUCCCCAGACAAACAUCCCCACGGAGGUCACCCUGGCAUGGCGACCCACCCGCAGUACGGAGAGGAGCGGGCGCUGAUCAUGGGGAACGACAACAGCAGCGCGCUCCGACAGUCCCGCACACAGAACGGCAGACCGGACCCACUGCCAGGUACCCUGUAUGCAGGAGGUGCCCGUGCAGGCUCCGCCCCUCUCAGGAAAUAUAUCCCUGCUAACGCGGGAACCAACCGACUAACUAAAUCUUCCCAGGGUGGGAUCCGUGUGCACCUCCCUGGCACCUUCCUCCCCCCCUCCAAGCAGCAUGAAACCGGCAUGCAGAUCAUUAACAGUCAACAUAACUCCGGCUUCCAACCCCCCACUGCCCCGCCCCCCUCGUUACCUCCAUCUGGUAAACAGCAAAAGGCCGACCCUGUGCACUAUGGCCCACCAAGCCCGUUCACCUCCCCACUGCAGCAGCGUUAUGCUAAAAGCCAGUACCAGGGGAUGGACUUCAUGACCUACCCUCCUACAGUUGUGUCUCCUUGGCACUCUGGCUUUGGGCCAUGAAGUAUAGAGAAUCCAACUUCUAUGAGAUGCAAUGAUGAAUGGUUAUUGGCUAGUGAUGAUUACCCAUCUAUCCAGGUAAUGCUCAUUGGACAGUGAUGCAGACCAAUCAGAGACCUCCUUUCAUGACAUAAGUGAAUCUAUAAGAUGCCAUCUUUUUUAAAAGUACUAGUAAAUCCUAUUAAGAUGAAUUAGUUGAUCAAAAAGUUAUUUCCAAACCAGAGUUGUUCUUUGAAACAAAUAAAACACAUAAAUGAAAUGUAAUAAAAUUCCUUAUACAAGGUUUUCUUCUCAUAUACAUUUCAUAUGAUGUGAAAUGAUAUUGGUACAUAUACAACAAUAACAUUAUCCAUUUUGUGUAUCUUAUUUUAUACAUGAUGUUAUACUUUAUAGUAGGGAGAUUAGCUUUUUGAAUGAAACCAAUAGAUACAUGUAUGUGAAAACUAACUAGAUUUCUUAUUUGAAAGUUUGUAUAUAAUGUUCAUGGCUUGUUGGGAUGUAUAUUGAUGAUACUUGGGGAAGCAUGAUGUAUGUAUAUAUAUAUUGUUGGGCAUGUGUUAUAAUUAUCAACUGCCAAAACUAGAAAGGGUUGAAAUGAGAAGUUGUAGUGUACAUUUUAUUGAUCAGCGCAUUGAUUGUGACAUCUAAAACCAAUUAUUAUCCCUUGUACCUUGAUAUAGUCGACAAUAUAUUAUUAAUUGAAGGUUCAACCAACAGAGAGGAUCUCUGACAAUUCUAUAUAAAGUUGAUGGUUUUGUUUCAGAAACUACACCUGUGACUUCUUUUAUCAACAUUGAUGAUAAUUAUGUGCAUUAACUAUUGAUGUUCUUUAUUUUCAUUUUGUGUGUACAUGUAUUUUGUCUGCUGCUACUAUCAUAUAAAGUGAAUCCAAAACAAAUUUCUUAGAUAGUACAUGUAUAUGGAGAACUACAUCUUUUGCAAGAAGAUACAUUAUGAUUCUGUGUAUAUAUGCAAAAUGUGUCUGAUUCAUUCAAUAAAGUUGUUGUAUGUUUAAGGUACUCUGUUUCUACUGUUUCAUUGACCUGUGACAAUAUGUACCUAAAACGAUAUGUCUCUGUACCCCAUGGCCAAACAGGGACUGAAGAUUACACAAUAUCACA